AUGGAUGCUGUCGUCUGCCCCAUGUACACAACUUUUGUCUCCGUGUAUCAGCAGCACCAGAUCAGCCAGCAGAAGAUUGCAGCGUUGACGCGCGAGAACCACGAGCUGAAGCGGGAGCUGUUUGACCUGCACCGCUUCCGUGGACAGUACAAUGAGCACCUGCAGGAGGCCCUCGCCGAGCUCACGUCGGUCGCCCACGACACGGACCCCACCAGCCAUGAGAGCCAGGACGCCACGAUGCGCGCUGUGGAGAGCACGCAGCAGCAGUUCCUGGACAACCAGGCGUGGCAGAGCAAGCUGCAUCGCGUGUACACGGAGAACAUGUCACUGCGCGACACGAUUGAGCGCUACCAUGCCGACCAGGUCCACCUCAACGAAACCGUCGACGUCCUCAAGACCGAACUCUGCGGCAGGAUCCAGCAGGUGCAGCUCAUGUCACAGGGGCUCGCCACGCCAGAGAACCCGACAUACGCGCGCCUCCUCAGCGAAAUGCAGCAGAACACGAUGCGGGCUGUUGCCAAUGCGGAGAGCCGCCGAAAGCGCACAGCCGACAUGAUGCAACAGCAGCAGACCGUGAUGCAAGACGACGCAGACGCGGACGCAACCACCGCCCUCCAACAACAGCAAGGCCAGCAGCAGCAGCAGCAGCAGCAAGAGCAAGAGCAGGGUGAUGGUGAUGGAGGGCUGAUGCCUCGGUACCGACGGUCUGUCCGUCUGGAGAAGGCCAAGACGGGCGGAUUCGGCCUCAGAAUACAGGUCAGUCGUGGUGGUGGUGGUGGUGGUGGUGGUGGUGGUGGUGGGCUGGACGACAACCCCAGCGUGCGGAGUGCCGUUGUGGUUGAAAAAGUGUACCCGCUGCUGCCGGCGCACGCCUCUGGUCGCAUCUUCGCUGGGGACGAGGUGCUGCGCAUCAACAACACUGCCGUAUCCCACCUCACCCACUCCAACGUCAUCAGGCUCAUCCAGCAGCAGGGCAAGCUGUCGCUUGCGCUUGAGUUUGCUGCCUUUGCCUGUCGUGUUGACCGCGGCAAUGUCACAUACCGCACGCACCUCAGACACAUCAACCAGCUCAUAAAGGAGCGGGAGCGGACGCAGGUGCAAGACAUGCUGCAAGAUCUGCUUGCCCGCGCCGUUGCGGCCGCCUCAACACCCCACAGCCCAGCGCACACCGCUGCUGAUGACAAUGGUGACCACCAGUAUCGCGCCACAGCACAAGCGUCAACGUCGACAUCCACAUCAACGACGACAACAACAAGUGUACAGCCAUCACGGCAACAGCGUGAGCGCGAUGGGGCGACAGCUUCUGCUGACCAUUCGCACCGCACCAGCACGCGCUCCUCCGUCUCAGACCAUCAUCAUCAUCAUCAACAGCAGCAGCAGCAGCAUCAUCAUCAGCAGCAGCAGCAGCAACAGCAGCGUGUGAGCCGGCAGGGGUCUGGCGGUGCCCUUGGGCUCAACCCGCGCCGUAACCGCAUGUUGCAGGCUGUGCCCGCACAGGCGCAGCGCGACGAUGAAGACGACGACGAGGAGCCUCUCUACGCGUACUAG